CGUGUCCCUCUGUCUGUCCCUCUGUCCCUCUGUCCCCUCUCCCAGAUCGGGCCCCGUCUGACGCUGCAGCUGCUGAAGGUGGAGGAGGGGCUGGGCCAGGGCGACGUCCUGUACCACGGCCUGGCCCCCAAAGGUGAGGAGGAGCUGCGGGAGCUGCUGGCCCGGAAGGAGCAGCGGCUGCAGGUGAGGGCGGAGCGGCGCCGGAAACAGGAGCAGGACCUGGAGAGGAGCAGAGCGCGGUCAGGCUGACCGAGGGAGCGCAGCCUGGCCGGGAUGGGCCGGGCAGCAGGUGGCCCAGGUGCCCCUGCAGGUGGCCCAGGUGACCCCACAGGUGACAGUGACGUCGAGGACCCCGGCGCACCUGAGGCAGGUGAGGCGGAGCCGUCGGACGAGGACGACGCCGAAUAUUACAGAGAGGAGCUGGGGGAGGAGCCUGACCCAAAAUCCCAGCCUGGAACCCCAAAAUCCCGACCUGGAACCCCAAAAUCCCAACAGAGAACCCCAAAAUUCAACCACAGAACCCCAAAAUCCCAGCCUGGAACCCCAAAAUCCCGACCUGGAACCCCAAAAUCCCAACAGAGAACCCCAAAAUUCAACCACAGAACCCCAAAAUCCCAGCCUGGAACCCCAAAAUCCCGA